CGCUGUUUCAACUUCAACACACACAACAGUGAACGAGGAAGUACUGAAAAAUGACAUUCUUUUAUAAAUCGCCUGUGUGUGUCGUUUAGCCUACAAUGGAGAGAGAUACUGGCACAAUUGCUUCAAUUAAAGCUCUUGGAUAUAAGAGCAGUGAGUGCCUGAGCAAAUGUACAUGUGAUGAAUUACCUUGUCCACUGCUUACCUGGUUGGUCUCGGAGCUAAGAGCAAGUUGCCCAGAUGUGCCAGCACGGAGGAUUGGUGGUGCAGUUCUGGUGGGGGAGUUGAGGCAGGUGCUCAAGGAGAUGUCCUGUCCACAAAAUGCACUCACAUCAGAGAACUUUAGCCCACUUCUCCUGUUUAGACUGACCGAGUACUUGGUAUCAGAGUUAAUGGCAGCGCGUAUGCUGAAGUACAGAGAGAUUCAUCCAGAAGAUGCUGAACAGAAAUUUGAGUCAAAGGGCAAAGAGCAAAGAAAAUGGGAGAGUCUUACAAUGGACAGUAAGGAUGGGCAUCAAGAAGUCAGUCAAGUAGAGGAGGAUAAAACUAAUUGGAAAGAAGUUACUAAGAAUGUGGGAGGACUGUUUCAUACUCUUGGGUUAGAAACCUCCUCUCAGAUAAGUGAUGCCUGUGCAGAGGUGGAGUCACGGCUUGCAUCACUUCCAGAGGGUGUAAUGCCAGAGCCAUUAUUGAAGACCAGUUUGAACUCGGAUCAGUGGAAAACGAUUAAUGAAAUCGACAAAGCUCUCCGUAAGGAUUAUGAGUGUCGGCGCCAAAUGGUGAUCAAGCGUUUCCAUGUCACACUUCUAUCUUUUGGUUGGGGAGAGAGGGCACAGGAACGCAAUGCUGUGCUUUCUUCCAUGCCACACUUUUCCCCCUCUCUUGAGUCCUCUAUCUCCAUUGCUAAGCUGUUGGCAGCCAGAGAGGACCAGUCUCGCAUUUUGCCAGUUAAAGCUGGGCCUUCAACAGCUGUUCACAAGGUUCUAAUGGGCAGUGUGCCAGAUAGAGGGGGACGUCCAGGAGAGAUUGAGCCACCAAUGCCCAGCUUCACUAGUCGCAGGGAGGGAGCAAGCAGUCAUCAGUACAAAAAGAAUAGACGACAAUACUCAGGAAAGAAGAAAAAAAAUAAACCUAAUUAGAGUUUUUUUUUUUUUUUUUGAAGUGCUAGUUUGGUAUCUUGAACUAACUUCUCAGCUACAAGAACUUUCAGUUGUAAAAAGAGUUCACUUACAAUUAUGUUUAAGGAGGCAAUUCCUCAGUAAAGAAAAUUAUAAAAUA